GCUCACUCACAGCAUCAUUUACCCGGCAAGCACCAUGAUGGCUCCAAAGGGGAACCGCUCGCGAGAUAUGUUUGGAAUUCCUAAGAAACAUCUCGCACAGAGGACGCGUUCGCACUCCCACUCCAACUUCCAAUUGCCAUCCCCUGCGUCGGCAGCGGCUAACGCGGCGGCGGCAGCGACAACAGUGGCUAUGGCGAAGCGGCGGCGGGCGCAGCACUCACUGACGGCCCUCGCAUGGCUCGCAGGGUGGCUCGCCGCCGGCCUGCUCGCGCCGCUUGUGACGACAAACGCCGUUCCGCUCGAACCCACUCAAGUGCAAUUCCUGAACGAAUCUCAGGCGGCAUGGAAGAGCGUGAAGUUCCCCGGCUUGGACGGCCCCAAACCUGACUGCGACCUGCUUUCUGCAUACGACAUCAGUUGUGACGCGCACGGCAUGAUUGAUAAACUGUUGCUGGGGGACCAAAAUCUGCGAGGGUCCAUUCCGCAAUCAAUCAGCAACCUCAGGAACUUAACUUGGCUAGGUCUCUCCUCGAGCCAACUUUCAGGCAGCAUCCCGGCAGGCGUCGGUGAUCUCAAUCAAAUGCUCUACAUUGACCUCAAGCUUAACUUCCUUGAUGGGUCCAUCCCCUUCCAAAUUGGCUCCAUGAAAAAACUUAUUAGAUUAGACUUCUCUUACAACCAGCUUUCAGGCAGCAUCCCUGCCAGCUUCAGUGAGCUCCGCCAGCUAACGUUCAUAUCUUUGUACAGUAAUCAUCUCAACGGCUCUAUCCCAUCUGAGCUUGGCUCAUUGACAAAUCUGGAGUCAUUAGACCUCUCUUACAACCAGCUCUCAGGCAGCAUCCCUGCUAGCUUAGGGGAUCUCCGCGAACUCAAGUCCCUGCGUCUGGAUCGCACCAAUGUCUCAGGGACUAUCCCACCAUCCCUUGGAGGUCUUCUCUACUUGAAGAACUUCACCACCAAGGACACCAACCUCACAUGUCCGGACAACUACACCAGCUGUGGGCAGACGCAAAACCCUUGGACUGCCUUUUGCCGCAAGUGCCCUUUCUUUUGCGAAACAUGCCUCGAGUCAACAGCGAACCCCAGCGAUAGCAGCGGCUUACCGCUGGGGGCCAUCAUUGGCAUUGUUGUUGCUUCCGUGGUGGUGGUGGUGCUGCUGCUGCUGGCUGCUGUGCUGCUCUGCCUCAGGCACAAGCAGCGGCAGAAGACAACAG